AUGACGAGACCAACCUCGACUCGACCUUCCUCCGCGGUCUCCAAAAGACCAACAAGGACGGUAUCGUCCAGUUCCAGACUAUCUUCCCCGGCCACUAUACCGGCCGUGCUACCCACAUCCACGGUAAGUCUUUCCCCACUUCUACUAUCAUAUAAGCAAGAUACUGAUGAAAAGGGGGAAAUAGUGCUCACCCACCCGGCCAACGAAACCUCCGUGCUGCCCAACGGAACCAUCACCGGCCUGUACGACUCCAAGACCUCCCACGUGGGCCAGAUCUUCUUCGACCAGGACCUCAUCUCCGUCGUCGAAGAAACCUCCCCUUACUCCACCAACACCCAGGAACUGACCACCAACGCUGUGGACUCCAUCCUCGCCGAGGAGGCCGAAAACAUCGACCCCUUCGUUGACGCUGCUGCGUUCUACACCGAGGAGGGUGGUGUUGAGAACGAGAACUCUGGCAUGGGUAUGGGCGGUGCUGCUCCCCCCAGUGGCUCUGGAGUUCCUUCCGGUGCUGCGCCUUCCGGUGCUGCGCCUUCCGCUAGCGCCUCUGCUUAG